CCCCACCACCGCAAGGUUUAAUCCUCCCCAAUCCACGUGCCCAGUGCCGGAGACAAACCCAUCGGUCUUCUUCAAAGCGCGCCGACAACGCCGAUUCCAUAAUUCUCCUCGUCUCGUGUGUCUUUGACGAUGACUCCGGAGUCACGGUAUCAUCAUCAAACCGAUUGCGUAUUUCCGGGUUACGGGAACAGUCCGGAGUUAACGCCGGAUUUUAAAUUUGAUUAAUUAAAACACUAAUUUUUGCGGCAGUAAUGAACGCGGAUGUGUCAAUAUUAAUUGUUUGUCGAUUUUUCGUUGAUUUUAUCAAAAACUUAUUACGAUAUCUCAAGUGAUUUUUUUUGGUGGUUCAAGUAUGGUGUUUAGAUCUUGCCAAAAUAAUUAUUCUCGUUUGGUAGUUUUUGUAUUUCUUUUAGUAUUUCGAAUCACUUCUCAAAAAAUAUCCCUCCAAUCAGCUCAAUCCAGGAACGAAGUGGACAUAUUCGCAUCCCCCUACGUCGACACAGCAUUUUGUAGAGCCAUACCAGGCUUAACCAAGUACCAAAUUGAGCUUUGCAACCAGCAACCAGAUACUAUUAUGGUGGCCCUUGAAGGACUAAAUCAAGCUGUUAGAGAGUGUCAGAGUCAGUUUGACGGCAACAGAUGGAACUGUUCAUCGCUGAGUACCAGAGGAAAAAAUCCAUACAUAAGUGCCAUAUUGCAAAAAGGUUACAAAGAAACUGCAUUUUCCUACGCCAUAUCGUCAGCUGGAGUUGUCGUGGCAGUGGCAAAAGCUUGUAGUUCUGCCGCAUUACAAAACUGUGGCUGCGAUGAAAAAAUUUACAAAAUAAAAAAAGGUCGUCAAUUUUUUAAAGAAAAUAAUUAUGGUUAUGCGAGGGGAAAAAAGAAAUUGUCAGAUGAAAUAUUGAAAAGCUCAAAUAUAUUUUCCAGAGAAACUAAUGUACAGAAUAAUAUACCGAUUUUUGCUAAAGAAAAUUCUGAGCCAGACCAGCCGAUUGCAUGGAAAUGGGGCGGAUGUUCCCACAACUUGAAAUUCGGCCUUAGAUUUUCCAAAAUGUUUUUGGACUCGAGAGAAACAGCUGACGAUAUCCAUUCCAAAACGAAUUUACACAAUAACCAAGUGGGAAGAAUGGCUGUCAAACAUAAUAUGAAAGUACGCUGCAAGUGCCAUGGAAUUUCUGGAAGUUGUCAAAUGAAGACAUGCUGGCGAUCAACUCCUGACAUAAAGUUAGUGGGAAAUAUUCUGAAGGAAAAAUUCAAAUCUGCUGUAAUGGUUGAUCAAACGAAUUUGGGUAGCAAAAAUUUGAGAAAAUUUAAUGUAGCCAACCCGAAAUUGGUGAACAAAAACCAAAUGCGAUCAGAAAAACAAUGGAUGCCAAGGAAAAAUAAGAAGAGACGAGAUUUAUCCUUUGAUCUUCUGUAUUAUGAAAAAUCGCCAAAUUUCUGUGAUAAGAAUAAUGUGCUAGAUGUACCUGGAACCAGUGGAAGAUUAUGCAAUAGUACGUUGAAAUCUGGUCCUAGCAGUUGUACCUCACUAUGUUGUGGAAAGGGCUACAAUUCAGUAAAGCAAACCAAACUGGAACGUUGUCACUGCAAAUUUAUCUGGUGUUGUGAGGUGAAAUGUGACAUUUGUAAUAAUACAAAUUGGAUAAGUGUGUGUAAAUAACUAUCCUCGUGGACGUUUUCUAUAAAUAUAAGUAGGUAGUCACCACAACUUACCACCUCUUAACGUGUAAUAAAUACUUUCUUGUAUUAUUUGUCAAAUUUCAUUUUAUUAAUUUAUUCUAUUUAUAUUUUUGUAACAUAAAUCGCCAUAGUAUUAUUUUUUAUCAUAUAAAAUUAAUUAAUAUUUAAUAGAGUGUAAUAUAAUUUUAUUAUUUAAGUAUUUAUUGAUUAUCUC